GAGCAUAAAGACCUAUUGUUGUUGCGAGGUCUAUAAAUGGAUCGCAGCCUCAGAUCCGGCUCAUCUUCUCACCAAUCCUUCGCCAGACGACGCUGCGCUACUCGGACGGAGCGAUGUUAUCCAGGUUGCUGGGACUCCUCGUCCUCUCCUCCCUCUGCUCAGCCAUGCUGCUACCCACCGACACCACCACCUCCACCAGGUCUUCCAGGGAGAAGGACCCCAACACCCACCACUGGAAAGGUAGCUUAGAAGAUAAGGAGUCUUCUGGUUCAAGUGAGUCAUCUGAGGAGAUGGGUGCGCCGUGGUUACCUGCCACCCGUAGCGUCCAGAUGCCCCCGCCGAUGCCGAUGCCCGUUGGACAACCUUGGCCACCCGGUGGCAACAUGACUGACCUCCGGGCAUUAGGGCCCAUUGACCCGUCGAUGCCCCCCAUGCCUAAUAUGGCCAUCUGCGACAUGCUGAUGAACCAACCGGUUCCGCCGCCUAUCGACCAGAUUCCUAUAUUCUGCAUCUGUUCGCUCUGUAAGGGCACCGGGGGGCCCAAAGGAGACCGCGGAGACCGGGGUCCUCCAGGUUUUCCGGGGAGUCCUGGGCCAAGAGGGAUGACCGGGUUCCAGGGUCGACCAGGAUUCACCGGCCUUCAGGGGAUAAAGGGUGAGAAGGGGGACAUGGGGCAGAUGGGGCAGAUGGGCCCUCAAGGUUUCACCGGGACGAAGGGGGAGCGAGGCUUCAAAGGAGAAAAAGGGGACCAAGGAUUGGAAGGCCCCCCAGGCUCACAAGGCCCCCAGGGAGAAACCGGCACAUGCCCUGCCACCUGCCAGAGUGUCCAGGGUCCACCAGGUCUACAAGGCGUCCCUGGACCGGCCGGAGCCCGGGGCCUGCCUGGGGUCCAGGGGCCUAUGGGACUCAAAGGUCCUAUGGGCGAUAAGGGUGACAUGGGUAAACCGGGUGAACCCGGCCAAAACGGAACGAAGGGUGAUCAAGGUGAGAAAGGGUUGUGUAUGUGUAAAGAUGGAGUGAACGGCACUAAUGGGAGUCCAGGAACAAGCGGGACAAAAGGGGACAAAGGUGACACUGGUGCAAUGGGUAUCCAGGGCCCCGUUGGACCCAAAGGCAACGAAGGCAACAUGGGGAUCAUGGGGCCACCUGGGCCCUGCUCCCCGGCCAUCCAAUCCGCAUUCUCCGCAGCGGUCAGCGAGUCGUUUCCCGCUCCCGACUGGCCGGUUCCGUUCCCCGUCGUCAUCACCAACCAGCAGGGGCACUUUAACCCAAUCAUGGGCAUGUACAUGGCCCCCGUCAACGGCACCUACGUCUUCACCUUUAACCUGGCAGUUGCUUUGAAGCCCCUUACGGUGGGCCUGUUCGUCAACCACAACCCCGUAGUCAAAAACACAGAAGCGAAUAGCCGCUCCAGCACCAGCCAGACCAUCGUCCUGACCCUAAAAGCGUUUGACCGGGUGUGGCUGCAGGUGAAGAACGACCUCACCAACGGCCUUUUCACCGACAGCGGUAGCAGCAGCACGUUCUCCGGGUAUCUGCUGCACCCUGACUUCUGUGACAUGCCCUUUGGCCGGAUGUUCGCACCCGAGCCUCAAUAUAAACCGGGCGACUUCACCUGGUAGGAUCCUUUACAAACCACCACCGCCCCCCCACAGCAGUAGGCUCUAGACAGUCAGUCGCAGUUAGAGACCAAGAGUCCCACACAAACCCAAUCAAACACUCAGUGUAUUUAUAGCUGCAAGAUUUAAAGGAGGGGUAGUCCGUCACACAGAACAUUUCCAUGACAUUUCAACCAUUGACUCCCUUUAAUUUGUGGACUGCCGUUGUAGAAAUGGACGUUGGUGGUUGAGUGUUUAAGGAGGUAAAAGGUCAACAACAGAGCUGUUAUCACACUGCAAAAAAAAAACAAAAAUCCCCGAAAUUUCCUCUGAGUCUUCCAUGAGUUUGACGUCUGUGGUUUAGGAUGAAAUAACUGAACAACUGGAUGCAUGUCCAUGAAAUAUAGUGUAUGUUCCUGUCAGGAUUAAUCGUAAUAACUUCAUUGGAUCAGGUACUUUUUUGCGUGCAGUGUGUGUUAAAAAACUCAAAACAGCCUGUUGUGUUAGCAUCUUAGAGAAAGUACGAGAUAUUUAAAUAAAUUAGGAAGAACUGUGAUACAGGAAAAUACCCCUCCUUUAAAUGUUGAGAUAAAUUUACUCUUUUGAUUCAGCAUUUACUAAAAGAUGAACAUGCAUGUAGCCUUACAUGUGCCAGCUCGACAAAUGCAUUUAAUCAUGAACUUCCUUUAAUAAACAGGCCGACAGGUGAGCUGGUCGUAGACUACUUCAGUCGUCCGUAGUGGUUUUUACCUGCUCACAUCAUAAAAUGACUUCUUCAGAGUUUAUGUAUUUUUAAGUUAAGAGUUCAGCUUGCUGCAGUUUAGUUUUAGAGCCUUAAUGCAUUUUGCCUUUCCAAAUGUUUAUGACGCACAAAGUUCGAUGCCUGAGAAAGAAAUUAAUUGUAUUAAAUUGCAACCAAAGCGGCUGCUU